GAGACCGAGCGCUGUGAGGUCAUUUCCGGCCGUGUUGAAGAUGGAGGCGAGCGGACUGAAGCUGAGCUUCUGGGAGAGCGGACCAAAACCCGGGCAAUUCUACUCCCUUACAGGACCCAGCCACAGUACGGUUCCAGGAUGUGGACCCAUUAGACACACACUUAACCCCAUGGUGACUGGGACAUCAGUGCUGGGGGUGAAAUUUACAGGUGGGGUCGUCAUCGCUGCUGACAUGCUCGGUUCUUAUGGCUCUCUGGCUCGCUUCCGCAACAUCUCCCGUCUCAUGAAAGUCAACGACAACACCAUCCUGGGUGCCUCAGGGGACUACGCAGACUACCAGUAUCUUAAACAGAUGAUUGAACAGAUGGUGAUUGAUGAGGAGCUUCUUGGAGAUGGUCACAGCUACAGUCCCAAAGCCAUCCAUUCCUGGCUUACUCGUGUCAUGUACAACCGACGCAGCAGGAUGAACCCACUGUGGAAUACUGUCGUUAUCGGUGGAUUCUACAAUGGAGAAAGCUUCCUUGGCUAUGUUGACAAGCUAGGUGUUGCAUAUGAGGCUCCAACAGUAGCAACAGGAUUUGGUGCCUACUUGGCUCAGCCAUUGAUGAGGGAGGUGGUGGAGAACAAGGUAGAAAUUACCAAGGACGAGGCACGGGCACUGAUAGAACGAUGCCUCAAAGUGCUGUACUACCGCGAUGCUCGUUCCUACAACAGACAUGAGAUUGCCAUUGUUACUGAGGAAGGAGUUGAGAUUCUUGGACCACUGUCAUCAGAAACAAACUGGGAUAUUGCCCAUAUGGUCAGUGGGUUUGAAUAAAGGCUCAUCCUGCUAAUCCAGUGGACACAUCAGUGGACAUAUUUUUUGCAUCACUAGUAACUACUGGUUUAGACUACGCCUAGUUUAAUGUUUUUUUUUGUUUGUUUUUGUUACACAGAAAUAAAAAGUUUUAAAAUGCUA